CAUACUCUGUGAUUACAUACAUUUCAUAGUGUAAAGUGUAAAUACGUAAACACUUGAACCUGUGACUUGAACGUUUACUUCUCGCGAUUUUUAAAUAUUUUUAUUAUGUUCUAUAGAAAUAUGAUUGGUAGAAUGUUAAAUGUUAAUAAGUUACAAACAGUGCAAACAAGUAACUUAAAAUAUUUAUUGUCUCAAAUAAGGUCAUUAAAAUAUGUUCAAGGGCAAGAACCCGAGCCAAAAAUUAGAGAAUAUUUUUACUACAUAGACCAUCAAGGUAUGUUAUUUUUAGAUGAUUCAAAAAUGAAGAAUUUUACUUCUUGUUUUAAAGAAAAGAAAUUUUUAGAAUUCUUCUUCAAAAGGCUUCGUUUAAACAGUAUGGGUAAAUAUGAGGAUGAUUUUCCUUACAUAUCACUGUGUGGAAGAGAAAGAAAUUACAUUAGAUGUGACGAUGUUCCAAUUGUUUUUACACAUAUUGUAUCUAAGGAGUCUCCCAAAAUGGAAUUCUUGACUUAUGCAUAUGUGGGUGAAUCCAUGAUGUUUAAAUUUAUGCCUGAGAAAAUCUAUAUGCUCCCAGAGACUGGAAGGGUCUAUCAUCCAGCUGAUGAAAAAUAUGGUGGGGUUGGUUUAAUACGAUCAAAACUAGCAAUUGAAUUAAGUAAAAACUUUACAUUUGCAAAAGGGGAUUCAUGUCCCCCAACCCACUUCAAUUGGGGUGAUAAUACCUAUGAAUUAGAUCAAUUUUGGUUUAAAGAUAAGGUGAAACAGUACAAAUUGAAAAUAAGAACAGUCCCUGAUUAAUAUAGUUUAUAAUUUAUAUACUUACAUUAUAACAUAAUUACAUAGAAAAGAGUGUAAAUACAAUGACAAAGUAAAUUUUGAUCAAGGUGUAAAAAAAUAAUUGUGCCUUUUAUCUGAUGAAUUAAAAAAAUGGGUUAUCA